CAAUCAGAAUGAAGAUCGAAAAAAGAAUAAACGAUAAUGGAAAACCAUUUAUUUUCCCAUGCUGGAUUUUCGUAAGAAGUGAAAAAUAAACUCUACUUACAAAAUUGCUGAAUUUUCUUGUCGUGUUUUUAAAAACCCCGCUAAAAAUUGCUCAUUGCUUGUGAUCAGAUCGAUCGAAACAUCACAGAACUUUAUUUGAAUGUGUAUGCGUUUGUUUACUUCUGCGGUAUAUUUUUAUGUUAUCUCGGUUUUCACCGUUUUCACUAUUCUGUCAUAAUGGCGAUGGGUGAAAAUGUCGAAAACUUGAAUCCGAAAUUGUAUCAAAAAAUCGACGAUAGAGACAUAACAGCAGACGAUGAAAACGAGAAUGUUGUGGAUGAGUUCGAUGCCAGAGAAAUAUUUGAUCUUAUCAGAAACAUUAACGAUCCCGAACAUCCAUUGACUCUCGAAGAACUUCAUGUUGUUGAACAGAGCCUCAUCGAAGUUGACAACAAAAAGAACACGGUUCAAAUUAGGUUCACACCAACAAUACCGCACUGCAGCAUGGCCACACUAAUUGGUCUUUCCAUAAGAGUUCAAUUAUUGCGGGCUUUGCCAAAAAGAUUCAAAGUCCAAGUUUCCAUAACACCAGGAACUCACAAUGCAGAACACGCAGUGAAUAAACAAUUGGCUGAUAAGGAAAGAGUUGCUGCCGCUACAGAAAAUAGUCAUCUGAUCGGCGUUAUAAAUCAGUGUGUGAGCAUCAAAGGGUGAAAUGGAAUAGUUUAUAUUUUGAGGAAUUGUGUAAAUAAAGUGUAAAUGAAGAAAUACUGCAAAGAGAGUUCGCAAUACUACA